GAAUCACUCGAAAGCAGCCUUAGUGUCUGAUUGACGUGUGUGUCCUGGGACAAACGUCACAAGCCUGAAAUCGGUCUUGGAGUACUUCGGACAAGAAGAGUGGGAGUGACUUUUUAUUUGUAUUGCAUUAGGUAGCAUUCAUGUAACUUAGCUACGGGUCAGUCGGAUGUACUUCGAGGAGAGAGGGAGCAGCAUCAGGUGCAUGUGGAUGGCGAUAAAACUCAACGCAUACUCCACUCUCUGCGCACGGCUUGAACGUCGGCAGAUAGAUAAAAUAAUUCAAGAAUCGAACUAAAACGACUUCUUGGUUGGGGGGAACCGUACGAAUGCUUUUCACGGCUUUCCCCUUCCGAUAAUAGCAUGUUAAUCCCAGGAAAAAGCAGCGUCUUGUCCCGUCUUUCCGCCCGAGAACAUGGAGAAAGUUAAAAGUUGACGCGAACACAUCGCUCAAGUUAAACCUUGACCAAGACACCCAUGCUUGUUGCAUGCUUGUGCGUUGUUUGUGCCUUUUUAAUGGAGUAAAACAACACGGUGGAUACAUGGUGAGACUUUAGCACAUAUUUCAGGAUAUCAGAAGAAGCGAUGGAAAAGAAGAACAAGGCGAUCAAUCGGACCCGCUAUUCCACCGACGCCAGAGCCAAAGACAGAGUGGACAGUGUGGAUCCAUAUGGCUUUGAGCGCUCAGAGGACUUUGAUUAUGAGUCAUAUGAGGAGCUCAUGUCUGAGUAUCUAGUUGUUCUCACCCGACGAUCCAUCAAGUGGUCCAAACUUCUGAAGGGCAAAAGCAAGGUGCAGAAAAAUGUAAAACUAAAGCGUUAUGUACGUAAGGGGAUUCCCAAUGAGCACCGGGCUCUGAUCUGGAUGGCAGCCAGUGGGGCUCAAGACCAGCUGGAGAAGAACCCAGGAUACUACCAGUCGCUUCUCGGAGCCCAGCACGACCCCAAACUGGUAGAGACCAUCUGCACAGACUUGAACAGAACAUUUCCAGACAACAUCCAGUUCCGCAAGACAUCCAACCCGUGUCUGCAAAAACCUCUGUACAGUGUGCUGUUGGCUUAUGGUCACCACAAUCCAACUGUGGGCUACUGUCAGGGGAUGAACUUCAUAGCUGGGUAUCUACUUAUCAUCACGAAAGAUGAAGAGAAAUCUUUCUGGCUGAUGGAUGCACUACUUGGUAGAAUUCUACCAGACUACUACAGCCCAGCCAUGCUGGGGCUGAAGACGGACCAGGAGGUGUUAGGGGAGCUGGUGAAAGUUAAAUUCCCCGGAGUCUGGCAGACAAUGGUGGAUCAUAAUGUUAUGUGGACCCUGGUGGUCUCCCGGUGGUUCAUCUGUCUCUACAUAGAUGUCUUGCCAGUGGAGACAGUUCUGCGGAUUUGGGAUUGCCUGUUCUACGAGGGCUCUAAAAUCCUGUUCCGUGUAGCACUGACACUGAUCCACCACAACCAGGCUCUGAUUCAACAGGCCCAGUCACUGCCAGACGUCUGCCAAAACUUCAAGCAGAUCACCCACGGACCAUUUGUUGAUGAAUGUCACACUUUCAUGCAGAAAAUCUUUGCUGAACCAGGAAGUCUCUCCAGGGCAACCUUGACUAAGCUGCGGGCGGCAUGUCGAUCACGCAUCAUUGCAGAAGAAUCCUGAACCAAGAGUAUCUGUUCAAACUCAUUACACAUUCCACUGGGAUGAGCGCUCACACAGCUCGUUAGCAUCUGUAUUUUUAUUUUUUAAAUAUAUAUGGUUUAAUGAGAAAAUUUAAUUUUGCUAAAAUGUAGAAUUAUGCACUUUACUCAAAGUCAGAGACACUGUAGAGGGGGAAAUGAAGCUUGGCAAUAAAUGGCCAGGUCAGAGAAAUGACGUGUAAGCACAGCCAAGAGGAACGUGUCUAAUGUAAUUCACAUUGAAUGGUAAAUGAUGACAAAAUCCAUGCUGGCACUACCUGCUGUGGUAAUCGAAUGUGAAUCAUACUGAUUUUGUGACAUAUUUCAAACACCAAUUCAUGUACUUUUUGGUUGAUUUCAUCAAAUGUCAUAGUUCUUGACCUCAACCAUUAAUUCAAGUGCACUAUGAUGAAAUGUUGGUACAAUUGAAAGGGCUGCUUUCUUUUUCAAACAAAGGUCUGUCCAGUUUGUUCUGUGUUUGGGUUUUGUGGACCUUUUCAUACUCUCAUAGUAGUGAUAUCAGAUUUUGUUGCACUGUACAAAAAUAGCCUUGGCGUUGAUCCCAGCUCUGAGUAUUCUGUGUAAUGUACACCUAGGUGAGCAGCUCAGAGUAAACAGCCAUGUUUAUUUCACACAAAACAAGGUAAAACAAAUCAUAAAGCUACUGUUGCAAGGAUUAUAUAUAUAUAUAUAUACAUAAAUAAAAAAUCUGCACCGGAUUUAAGAUUUUUAUUAACUUUCAUUAAGAUGCAUAAUAGAAAAUGGUUUGAUCGCAUUUUCUAUAAAAAAAAAAAAAUAA